AUGGUAGAUCGGUACACCCGCUGGCCAGAAGCCGUACCCAUUAGCGACCAGGAAGCAGCAACCGUGGCACGAGCUUUUUACGACACAUGGAUCGCACGAUUCGGCACCCCGCUACGAAUAACCACCGACCAAGGAACCACUCAUUUGAGAACUACAGCCUACCACCCCUCAGCCAACGGAAUGGUUGAACGCCUACACCGACAGUUAAAAGCGGCAAUCAUGUGCCACCAGAAUAAUCGCUGGACUGAAGCCCUAUCCACCGUCAUGCUCGGCAUUCGAGCGGCAUGGAAAGAAGACUUCCAGGGUUCCUCCGCGGAGCUCGUAUAUGGCCAACCUCUCCGCCUGCCCGGUGAAUUCCUAGGCAUCCCACGCGACGAAAACAGCGCAGACAACAGCACCCCAAACUUCGUCAAAGAGUUACGUCAACACGUGCGUAACUUGAAGCCAUGUGAGGGAACACGACAUGGAACAAAGAAGACCUUCAUUUUUAAAGAUCUCGCCACGUCCGAACAAGUUUUUGUACGCCACGACGGUCCCAAGCAGCCGCUUCAACAGCCAUACGACGGUCCGUACAGAGUCGUAAGGCGAUCGGCGAAAACGUUCGUCGUCAACAUCAAGGGUCGAGAUGUCACCGUUUCCAUAGACCGGCUCAAACCCGCGUACAUACUCAGUGACGACACGCCCACGUCAGAGUUUGGCCGCGACACUACGAGGACGACGCCCACAACAGACGAACCAGCGCCCUUCGCAGAUCAACCCCACGACGACGACGAGAUGCCAGCUUCCACAACGACGAGGACCACGAGGUCAGGAAGACGGGUGCGCUUCCCUGAGCGCCUGCAAAGCGGUUUUUCAUAA